AAGUAGAAGAAGUGAAGAGGGGAGGGUGGUUGGAGGAUAUAUGUACAGCAGGAAGAACCAAACUGUCUCGGGUGAUGUGACGGAGUAGGGAAGGGUUGAAGGAGGGGAAGAAGAGGAAAGGAGAAGAGAAGAACAAGCGAGAGCGCAAAGGGAGAAAGCGUUCGAAGAUGUCAGAGCAGGAUUCGUGCAAAUGGACGGCUUACGGAGCGCCCUUCCGUCAUGGUGGGACGGAGGGCGGGGCAGCACCUGAGGAGCAGAGUCCUCCGGUGAGCAGCGCCCGGUCUGGUACGGCGCAGCGGCAUGUCUUGUCUUGUCUUCUGGCGAUAUCCUCAGGCAUGGAAGCCCGCGGAUACGGUUGGCCCUGGUGUAAUAUUACACCGGCCAGUUUCUCCGGCCUGAGGUCCUUCUUCAGUCCACCGGGUCAUCAUCGCAUUUACCGAGCUAAUCCAUCAUCCCAUGCCCGGUACGGGCGGUUCCUCACCUGCGCCUUCAUCGCCGACGGCGCCUAUCACGGUUCCCUCUCCUACGGCAUCGGACUCCCUAGCACCAAGCCAACAACAUCUUUUGCAGUUCGCAUGGUCAAAGUAGAAUCGAAUCGGAAUUCAAUGGACCCCACGGGUCAAUAGCCAUAAGCCGGAGAAACCAACCACCUUUCCCGGGGUUUCUUGGUAUCCCGCAUCUUCGCACGGCGACGUCGCGAUGGGAUGGGCCAUCACCAUGACUACGGAGCACACUACGGAGUAGAUACAGGGUAGAUCCUCUAGUUCG